CGCCAGAUAUCAUAAUAUAUAAACGCGACCACGCCGUGACCGAGCGGAGAGAAACAUAACAACGUCCGAGCCGCGUCGCGUACUAUACACCUUAUCGCGAGUGAUACCUAACACCAUCACAGCUGACUGUAAGCGCAAGAGAAGGAAAUAAAGACAACGAACAAACAAGUAAGAAGCGUCUUCUUUUCUCUCAUACUCCGAGCCGAACCUUCACCCUUUGGGUCCCAACCCUUCAGGCAAAACGAUCCCAACUACCGACGGGAAAGAAUUCCCAAAACGAGCAAACGCUCACAACAAAAUUGGUGGCAGCGGUGGGAUCCAAGAAACCGUCAAGGACAAGAGACAUAGAAAAACGGAUAGAAGAAGCUGAAACUAACAAAGGACCAGCAAAUCCAAAAACUCGAAGGAAGCACAAUCCUGCGAGAAGAAGACCAGCCGACACUAAGACGAGCUGAGACAGCACCAUCGCACCAUCGUGUUAUUCAGUGCGCGAGUGCAAAGAUCUGUGCCAACGCGUCACUACACGGUGCUAAGUGUCCUUGAAGAACGAGCUUCCCUGGCGGGGAACGGAACGGCCGACUAGCCAACGAGAGGUGGACCACAACAAGGGGCGACGACUAGACAACUGUAGACUACGAGGAAAAGCAACACAUCCUACUACAACGCCGUACGCGCCAGUCCAUCCAGCGAACUGACCUACGACAACCGCCAUGCGCGCCGUUCUACUAAUGUAAGUCAGAAUUGUAACAAAUAUUUGCGCACUCAUUGUAAUGUCCUGUGCGAAGGGCAACGCGAUCGAGAAAUAAUAAUACAGCAGAAAAUUGACACCGCGCGAAAAAACGAGGCAACGCGAAGUUUAACCGCAAAAGAAAACGCCUGUCAAAAAAAAAAGAGAUUUUAUUUUAUAUACGCGCCAAUCAAUAAUACAGUAUCAGCGAACAAAAACUUUGAUUCAAGUACAACGCUCUAGCACGUACACACGCGACCGCGAUAAGACGCUUAACCGUGCGUAAUCCGACUCCACCGAUAAUACUCGGGAGACGACCGCGAGACAUACAGCAUGCGAGCUGCACACUGUCUCGAAUAAUUCAAACAAAUAAUUAAUGUCCCAAAACGGAGACAGCCCGCGAAACGAAGGCCAGUAGCCCUCGGAAGAAAUAAUAGAAUCUCCAGAACACGAGGCAGUAGGCAUAGCGGAAACCGCGUUACGCGAUAUACGAGACGCGACGCAGCACGCGCUACGUGUUAUAGGCGACCGCGGAACACACGUCGUCACCGAACGGGGAACCACAGCGAAUGCACGCGAGUUUAGUUUGAUAAGCGCCGAACCUAAUACAACGCGUGACUUAAACGGACGAAAUCGGACCGACAAUCGACUGACAUCCAGUCCCACGACAAUGGCUCACUCUCCCGCCGAAGCGUCCGGAAAUAUACCACGAAAUGAAGUCGAAGCAGAAAUAUUACGACUUCAUAAUUCUCUGCAUGAGGAAAAUGACCAUGCAGAAGAACGACCGGCACAGAGGAUAAAUCCGAACCUCCCGAUACGAGAAUCAAUGUUAUUGCAUGAUGUUAUGCAUGAACUACGCGACCUGAAAUUCCAAUUAGGUCUAAGUAGAAGAGAUCCGGGUUAUCAGAGAAGGACGGAAGCACCCCUGAGACCCCAAAAUUUUCACGAUCACGCCUUAGAUUUGUCGUACGGACGAUCGAAUAACGACAUUAGAAAUCAGCGCGGAUCGACAGUAAAUUUUUUGAGUAUGAAAGAAGUGCGAAAUAUGAUACCGGACAUCGACGGCACACAGCGAAACCGCGUCCGCGAAUUUAUUAGCGCCGGUACAUACGCGAUGAAAAACAUACACCCAGCCGACGAACAUAUCCUGCUAGAAGCCAUCCUAUGCACGAAAUUUAAAGGUAAAGCAAUGAUGGACUUCUACACGCGCGAUGUAUACAGCUUUGAACAAUUGAAAAGAGAGCUCGAAAAUGAGUACCUUUCCAAACGGAGCACCGCACAUCUGCAACAAGAGUUUAACUCGCUCAAGCAGAAACCCGCGGAAAGCGCGCAGGAAUUCGGACGGCGAGUGGACCUGCUCGCCAUGGAACUAUAUGAGUCCAUGGAGGAGGGCAAGAACCACACUAUUGAACAACAGCGAGCCAUCCUGGAUAAUAUUAAGGAACAGGCCCUGUAUAACUACCAGAUCGGUUUGCAUGAAGACAUCAAACUCCUGGUACGCGCCCAGCGAUACAGAACGCUGCAGGACGCGAUAUCCGGCGCCAGUGCCGAAGAAAAAGUAAGGGAACCUAACCGAAAUCGGAAGGAAGACCCUCGCACCGUCCCUAAGUACGCACGAAAUAUUCUGCGAUGCGGAAAGUGCGGCAAGAAUGGGCAUGACGGGCGAGAAUGCCGCAGCAGCCGAUACGCUAACCGGUUCGAGUUACCGCGACCGGAGGGACGGCCUCGCGUAAACACAGUGGAACUAUACUGUGACCAUUGCAAAAGGGCAGGCCACACCCGAAAAGAGUGUUGGUCCCUUCACGGUCAACCCAAGAAAAAAGACAAUGACCGCCGGAGCGAAAAGCCUAAAAUUAUGAAAAGGAUCGAAAACGGCAAGCGAGCGAGCAAGGAAAUAAAAAUGAUUAAGCAUACCGAGACAGCGAGCAGCGACGAGAGCUCGAGCGAUGACGCAAGCUCCUCGCGCACAGCUGAUGCGUAUCGUGUGACACACGUGAAGCAUGCACGGGGCAGCGACACUGGCCUCGACAUGAUUACACUGCCCGUACGCGAAGCAGAGCGGGGCAAGAUUGAGUUCCUGUUUGACACCGGCUCAACCGUGUCAUUAAUAAAAUUAAAAACACUAAAGGGACAAACCAAAAUCCGCGAUGAACACAUCAAAUUGACCGGAAUAACCGGGCAUUCUAUUAUGACACUAGGAAGAACGUCCGUGAACGUGGUAAUGCACGACAAAAAAAUCAAGCAUCCGAUGUACGUCAUACGAGACGAUGCCCCAAUAGAAUAUGAGGGCAUACUAGGAGCUGAUUUUACAAGAAAAAAUAAUGUCACAUGCAACUACGGGACUAAAACAGUAAGAUUAGGCGACACCAAAUUCAAACUGUACCCGUACCGCCGAGUCACUCUGCAGCCACGGAGCGAGACGAUAGUGCAAGUCACAGCGAGUGUAAACACCCUAGAAGUCAUCAACUCCGAGGAGAUGGCACCGGGAGUAUUCUUAGGAAGCUGCCUAGUAGAACCCGAAAAUCACACGUGCCCAAUAAGUAUCAUAAAUACAAACGACAAAAAGAUCGACCUACAAUUACCUCGUGUCGAAAUUAAAAAAAUAAAUAUAAACAACGCACCGGAUACCCACACGGCGAACGUAAUCCGAGAUGCAUGGAAACAUGAGAUACCGAUACCUCGCGCAGAGCGCAUAAUUAAACUACUUCAGUUAAAACAUUUAAACGAAGAGGAAAAGAAAGCGAUUCAAGCACUAUGCGAAGAGUUCAGCGACGUCUUCUAUCUAGAAGGAGAUAAGCUCACAUACACAACUCUCGUGGAACACGAGAUACACACCAGGACAGAAUCUGCGAGCGUGAAUGUACGACUAUACAGACUGCCCGAAAAACAAAAAACGGAAGUAGAUAAACAAAUCCGUGAAAUGCUAGAACAAGGAAUAAUCUGUCAAAGCAAAAGCCAAUGGAACGCACCAUUACUGGUCGUCCCGAAAAAACCUGACGCUACAGGAAAACCGAGAUUCCGAGUAGUGGUAGAUUUCCGAAAACUCAACGAAAUUACAAUCGGAGACUCUUUCCCGGUCCCGAACAUAACAGAUAUAUUGGAUCAACUCGGAAAUGCAAAAUAUUUCACCACGCUCGAUCUCGCUGCCGGAUAUCAUCAGAUAUCAGUAGCAGAAAAAGAUAAGGGGAAGACGGCAUUCUCCACACCAUACGGGCAUUACGAGUUCAAUCGAAUGCCGUUCGGAUUAAGGAAUGCCCCCGCGACGUUCCAACGCCUAAUAAACUCAGUUUUAACGGAUUUACAAGGUCUUAAAUGUCUAGUAUAUCUAGACGAUAUUGUUAUUUACGGGCCUGAGCCUGAGCGAGCAUUACAAGCGGCUAGCCGCUGUGUUAACACGGCUGAGAGACAGUAACUUGAAACUCCAGCCGGAGAAGUGCGAGUUCAUGCGCAAGGAGGUGAACUACCUAGGCCAUGUAAUCACCGAGGACGGAAUUUUACCCGAUCCCAAAAAACUGGACGCCGUGGAGAAAUUUCCCACCCCUACAAAAA